AUGAUUAAAGAACGCGCCUCAACGGUUUUUGGCGACAGUGUCGAAAAAAGAGCCCGGACUUUCUUCUGGUUAACGGUCGUGAGCUUCGCGUCGGCCGUCUUUCUCUUCCGCCAUCUUCUCUACACAUCAUGGACGCUGGCCGCCCUUCCUGCCUACUGGCCCAUCCAUCGCGACUCAUUCAUCCUCUCACAAGAAAGAGAUAACUUCGACGUCACAUUCUCCAACUACAGCAUAAACCAAGUCUCAGCCGCCCCCUACGAAGAUGUCGUGCCCCCCAUCCUACAUCACAUCGCCCUCGGCAAACACAGCACGAACUGGAGGACAGAGUGGAAGGAGACGGUCCAGAGCUGCGUCGACAUGCACCCAGGCUGGGAGGCAAACAUUUGGACUGAUGACAAGGCCUCCAAGUUUGUCGAGGAAAAGUUCCCCGACCUCAAGGAGAUGUGGGACAGCUACACCUACCCCGUCGAGCGAAUUGACGCUCUGCGCUACAUGCUUCUGUAUGAAUACGGCGGCGUUGUCCUCGACAUGGACCUCAAGUGCACACGCGCUCUGGGUCCUCUGCGACGAUUCGACUUUGUGGCUCCCGAAGCUCAUCCCGUCGGCUUCUCUGUCGGCUUCAUGAUGUCCAGCAGACGAAACCAAUUCAUCGGCGACGUCGUCAAGAACCUCGCCACCUACAACAAGCACUGGCUGGGCCUUCCUUACGCUACUGUCAUGUUCAGCACGGGCUGCCACUAUGCCUCGGUGAUACACGCCUUUGAGUCGGAUCGCAGCGACCUGAAGAUCCUCCCUGGACCGUUGCACAGCCUCAAUGGGCGUGUUACAACGCCCAUCUUUGAGCACCUCGGCAGCUCAUCAUGGCAUUCCUACGAUGCCCGCUUUAUUACAUCGCUGGGCCGACGGCUGCACCAAAUCGUCUUCUUCUGCGUCGGCGUCGUGCUGGCUCUCUUUGUGCGGAGACGAAUGAUGCUGCGGAGAGUAUGGUGGAACUUCAAGGGCGAUCGCUCAUCUGUAUAA